CCACUCAACAGGCAAAUCGUAGCUGCCGAGCUCUCGCCACUCCGUUUUUCGCUUGCAGACGACGCAAGAACCGCUUAUUACCGGUGAAUAAAAAGCGUUACGAAGAGCGAAAACUCCCGAUAAAAUAAGCGUGACGAUAGUAAUUUUGCGUAAAUUGGGGUGAAUGAAAAGUGUCAUGAAGUGUGAGAGUAUCACGCGGCGAUAACGCGGUGAAAUAUCACCAGAACAGCAGACAAGCGCGAAUAACAAUUGAACAUCAAAUUGAAGGUAGAACCAAUAUCGGCUGAUCGAGUGUAAACAGACUCGAGGAUGGCUGCGGAAUCGCGUGGUGCUGGAAACACGAAGCCUCUUGUCCCGCUAUUCACCAAAGCCUCGGAUUGCGUCCACACGAGUUGCUACUGCGAAGAAAACGUAUGGAAGCUAUGCCAGGACGUCGCCACUAGGCACGGCCCUGAAUUGCAACACUGCUACGUCGCUUUUAUCAGCAAUCCUGGGAGAAGCGUUCCUCUCUGGCGUCAGAAGGCUGGCAAGGAUGAGGAUCAGCUUGUCCUUUGGGACUAUCACGCAAUAUUAAUCUACGCACCUGACGACAGAGCGGUGGUCUACGAUUUAGACAGCGCUCUUCCAUUUCCGACUCAUUUCUGGAAAUACGCAACGGAAACGUUCAGGUCCGACGAAGCUUUGCGCUCCGAGUACCACAGGAGAUUCAGACUAGUCCCUGCUGCGACGUACCUGCAGCAUUUCGCCUCCAACAGGCACCACAUGAAACGAGAAGACGGCACAUGGAUCAAAACCCCUCCUGAAUAUCCUCCGAUCUCUACUCCAACCUGCAAGGAUAAUCUGGACACUUUCAUAAACAUGGAACCGGGAACGGGUCUCGGAAGUAUCCUAAGUCUGAAGCAGCUGGUAAAUAGAUUUUACAGACCCAGUGUUCCGACCACUUCUCCGCCGCAGCAGCAGCAGCAGACUCACACAACGCCGACUUAAGCGGAACGUUUUAAUUGUCGGCAAGGCGUUUUGCCGUCGCGCGUUGAUAUCUGAAAUGAAGAAACGAUUAAUUGGGUCUAAAAAACGUCCCUGGUUCAGGUGAAAUUUCUCAACAGUCGAGUGAAAAAUAUGCAGUCUGAUAGCGUUUACCAAAGUUUGACGUCAGGUUCGAUAAAAGGGGAUAAAAAGCUGGGGAGUUUAAACAUUUCAUUAAUACAAAGUAUAUUUCUAAAAUCAAUUCCACGCCUUAAACGAGCCUUUUUUUUAGCAAUGUAUGCAUGAUGCUUUUUGCUGUUAACGUUGUCGAUGAAGUAGACAGUGUUUUGCUUAAAUUGCGUUAGUUCAAUUCUAUGAACGAUUUAUGCAAUUAAUCAUUGCGCAAUAUAUGUUUAGAGAGAUUACAGAUUUUUUACUGUCAAUAUAUACACAUUUAGUGUGCUUUUAAACGAGACUCUAAUUUCUUCAGCUGUGUUUCACCAAGACUUUUUUCUUACCAUUGUGUACAUGUACUUUAGGAACUAAUGAUUCUGCUUUUCGGCUAAAGAUACGUUUUUACGUUUGCAUUAUAAAUACCGAACAUCACACUUGGUUCUUAUUAGUUGCAACCAGAGUUCGUUUGUUUUUUGUUCUAGUUACUGCAUUAUUGCAUGAAAGACUGAUGUGUCUCUAGUGACAAUUUCGUGUAUCAUUAAAAUUACGAUUCUUGCUAGUUACCUGUAUGCUUAAUUAUAUUAUAUUUACAAUACCUGUUCGAACGAAUUCGAGUCCAGGUUUUAGCUGGCCAGUGAAUAAAAUGCCUAUCACGGCAAAAUUAUUACAACGACUUAUAUGCAAGUAUGUCAAUAUUUACAAUACUUAUUAUCACUUUAAUUAUAAAAAUCAGCCCAAACCUGAGAGCAGCUUUUUUCCAUUAGAUCUUCAUUUACGUAGCUCGACACGCAGUGAGCUGUACAUCGAUAAAAUAUUUAUAAUUAGAUAAAUAAUGAUUAAUCAGCUACGAAUCUUUACCAAGUAUUGCUGAUUUCAAAAGUUCAAUUACACUUUCAUACUAUAUACAAUUUAUUACUAUUGUCGUAAUUUAACGUGUUCUAUCACUUUUUCUACAGCUUUAUGUAGCUGAACUCAGCACUCCACUGCGUUUUUUAUAUCGUGCUACGUGCUCUACUUGACCAAUUUUUAAUCUCGUAAUGAUGAUAAUAAUGAUAAUAACAAUAACAAAAAAUUCAAUUUUUCUCAGAUUACACAUUUUAUCAAUGCGUUCAUGCAUUAACUAUUUGCACGUUGAAAAGUAAAUAAUAUAUAUUUAUUCCGAUGUCUAUGGAAAAGGGUAAGUAAAUCAGUUACCUUUUACGCGCCGAUGGGUAAAUUGGUAGUAAAACUCUGUUUUUAAUAAGGGACAUCAUCCAGUUUUCAUGGGUUUAACUGUGGCAAAAAGAGAGAGGUCUAAAUAAAAUAUAAACGAUAUUGUGAUAUAUUACAACUUUCUACUUUAUAAAUACCUUGAUAAAUACUUGUACAUCUAUUUAAAAAUUAAUUUUGAAAAAUAUAUCAAAAACAAAAAAAAAAAAAAAUUAAAAUAAUCUCUAUCGAUGGUGCAUGUGCACGCAUUCGCUUGUUGGUGAAAAAAAAAAACAAAUGAAAAAUAAGAAGUAUUCACUUCAAAAAUAAAUAAAAAAAAUUUGUUCGCUCUAAUAUCGUAUUCUAAAGUAUCUGUUGAAUGUUAUACGUGAAUCGAUAUCCGAGGUACUAUAAAAUUUUUAGAUCUUAGAGUUAUCUUAUUCACAUUUUCUGUAAUAAAUUUUAUCAGUGUUUUAAUUGCUUGACACAACUAUCAUUAACAAUUCAAUUAUUCGCCUUGUAUUUUUUCUUUCAUUCUAAUCGUCACAUGAUCAACACUCAUAGGACUUACACGAUGAAAGUUGCAUAGCUUACAACGCGAUAUGAUUUAAAAGGAUUGCGAUGAAAAUCGACCAAUACCGACAUCGAAACAGAAAAUGAAUAAACAAAUAAAUAAUAAUAUUCAAUUUACGAAUGAAAUAUAUUUUUGAACCGACGAUUAUACGUAUAAUGUGUAUAUAUAUAUAGACGAAGCGACAACGAAAAUUAAAAAAAAAAAGAAAGAAAACAAACUACGAAAAACGAGAAUAUACCAAACUUCUAGUCUCUAGCCUACU